CCAGCAUGGCACCGGCGAUCUGCUCAUCCAGAGGACGGAUAACACUGUCAGAUAUCUGCUAGUAACAAACAUUACAUGUCGAUAAUAGAUUAUCGGAUCGAUUAUCGAUAGAACCAGCUCCAGUCAGCAGUUCCCUGGUAUUUUAUAGCAAACCUCCAAGAGCGUUCCAAGGCUUUGAACGUUCUGAACCCCCACAUUGCUCUCGUCGCCCUAAAUACGCCCAUUACUAUUGUUGCAUGUCAAUGGAGCAAAGAGAACGUCGUGCAGCAAUCCUUACGUAUCACGUCGGAAAUAGGAAUUUCUCAAGAAUAUUCAAAGAAAAUUCCCUCGAAGAAGCAAAGAAUGUGGUACAGAGAAAACUGCAGUUACCGCCGGGCUCGGUGGUCAAGCUAAGAGCUGCUCGGAGUUCCAAGACGUUUAUUGAGUUGGAUGAUGAUGACGAUUUUGAUGCAUUCUCUCUGCGGGCGCAAAUGCUUAGGUUAGUUGAUGUGGUGGUGGAUGUCAAAUACCCCCUGCCAAUGGAGUCACGUGCGGCUAAGAACAAACGCAAAGCCACGAAUGACCAGCAGCCGGAGGACGCUAACGCGACUGCAACACCCCAACCAAAGAUUAAGAAACGGAAGACAGAUCAACCUGCAGCAGAGGGUAACGCUCCUAAGCACGCGCAAACUCCUGAGGUCCCCGAGACUGAUUUCAAAGAGAAGCUGAAUGCCGCUGAGCGCGCGUUGAAGGAUUGCCAAGAUGAAUUCGAUAGGAUAUUUAAGCAGAUGGAGGAGAGCUUGAGAGGAUGAGGGUAGGGAGAAGGAGGAGGCACGUAGGCUAAGGAAGAAGGAGAAGGCAUGUAGGAAGAGGGGGAGGUGUGUGCAGAUUGAGUUUGAUUGUCGAGGAAGCCUCAAGUUGCUAGGUCCUGUUUUCAUUUAUGUGAAUGUCUUGAUAUAUACCCUGUGAGUUGUCAUCGAAGCCUGAUCAUGAACGUCAGCCUCCGUAUCUAAGGCGUAAACUUUAGGAAUGACUAGUCAAUUGGCGAGAUGGGAUUUG